AUGCUCUAUCCGCCUUGGGCCUCUGCGUUGGCGGACUGGGCGUGGCUUGGGCGCUGCAGCAGUAGGCCAGUCUCCUUCAGUUGUUUCUCUGUAUGUGACUUGUUUUCAGUUGCGACUGACAAUCUGCUAGUCGGGCUUCGAGACGCUCAAGUCCAGAGAAAUCUCCGUCGGAAGCAGAUGAUAAUGGACUACAAGCCUCUGCGACAGUACUACAAACACAAGGUAGCGCACGCGACUUCAAUGGACGAACGACUCGACUGGCACUGCCGGCUUCAACGCCUGCCUCGAGACUCGUCUCCGACGAGAUACAGAAAUCGAUGUAGACUGUGCGGCAGAGCACGGGGGUACUUCCGGUUUUUCGGGCUGUGCCGCCAUCACGUGCUAGAUAUGGUUAGAAAUGUCAUGCUCCCUGGUUUCACGAAGGCCGAGUGGUAG